AAUUAACUGGAAAAUAAAAUAAAUAAAUAGCAUCCUUUGCCAGCCAGUAUAUAAGAAUGAAAUAGGAUGUAUGGUGGCAGCAGGCAAGCCGUAUAUUUUUCUUUCCCACCUGAGAUCUGGAAAACACAACUCGAUCGAUUGCUUAGCUAUUGUAAGUAAAAAGACAUGGUGGACAACAUAGAGAAGAAAAUUCUUGUAAGGGAAUUCAAUGAAGACAGAGACUUUGAAGUGGUGGGGAAGCUUGAGAGGAAAUGUGAGAUAGGGUCUAAAAUGGGGGUCUCAAUUUUCACUAGCAUGAUUGGUGACCCUUUAUGUAGGAUUCGCUUCUAUCCCCUUCAUGUCAUUCUGGUAGCUGAGCUGCUUGAAAAUGGGAAGCUUGUCGGAGUGGUUCGAGGAUGCAUUAAGGGCGUUCAAACUGGUAAUUUUGGGGAAUCACAUGUCAAGAUGGGUUGCAUACUAGGCCUUCGAGUCUCUCCUACACACCGACGGAUGGGAAUAGGAUUAGAGCUUGUGAAUUCAGUUGAAGAAUGGCUGCUGAGAAAUGGAGCAGAGUAUACAUUUCUAGCCACUGAAGAAAACAACUCAGCCUCAAUGAAUCUCUUCACUCUCAAAUGCAGCUACAUCAACCUCAGCUCAUUGGUCAUAUUUGUUCAACAAAUCUGUUUCCCUGCUAAGAAUUAUAGCCUGUCGGAAGACAUAAAAGUAGAGAAGUUGCACAUAGACCAGGCAACUUCCUUGUACAAACAGAAGCUGAAAGACAAAGAGAUAUCUCCAGCAGACAUUGAAGCGAUUUUGAAGGAAAACCCCAGCCUCGGCACGUGGGUGUGCUACUUCAAAGAAGGCGGUUGGAUGAACACACACAACAACAACAAUGAAAAGAAAGAUGAUGAGAGGAAAACCCCAAGCUCUUGGAUAAUCUUCAGCAUAUGGAAUAGCUGUGCAAAGGAAAAGAUUUUUCCAUGCCUUGGAUUUCUCUUUCUGUAUGGGAUGCUUGGGGAGGGAGAGAAGCUUGGGGAGCUGAUGGAAUCUGUGUGGAGCUUUGCAUCGAAUGUGGGGCAAAAUGUGAAGGAUUGUAAGGUGAUUGCAGCUGAGCUAGGGGUGACUGAUCCUCUCAUCAAGCAUGUUCCACAGGAGUCCUCUAUGUCACGAAUCAAUGAUCUCUGGUACGCUAAGAAGUUGAUGUUCCACGAUAAUAAUACGGAUAAAUUAAUGCUGGCCAAGGGACCAUUAGGAGAUGUAUUUGUCGAUCCAAGAGAUUUUUAGAGUUAAUUAUUUAUUUGUUCUUCGAGAACCCUAGCUACGUGUUACAUAUCACAUAUAUAUGAUCAAUGGUGAUCUUGUGGGUUGAAGAAGAUGAAAAGUACCCCAAUGAUGACAAGGGCGAUGAGACAAGUGCAUGGAAACCUAGCUAGAGAUCAUGAAUAGUUGAUGGAAUAUGUAUUGUAUGUCCUUAAUUGCUUAACUUUUCUGGUGUAUUCAUCCAAAAACAAUAAUCAUAUAUAUAAUA